AUGAUCUUCAAGGAUGAUUUUCCUUCGACUCCUCCAAAAUGCCGUUUUGAGCCGCCACUGUUCCAUCCAAACGUCUACCCGUCUGGGACGGUCUGUCUGAGUUUGCUGGAUGAAAACAAAGACUGGAGGCCAUCAAUUUCUAUCAAACAAUUGUUGGUUGGAAUUCAAGAAUUGUUGGUCUCGCCAAACCCAGAGGAUCCAGCGCAAGCUGAAGCUUAUCAAAUUUUUGUUCAAAAUCGUCAGGAAUAUGAGCGCCGUGUUCGCAGACAGGCGCAACAAUUUGCGGAAGAAUUGGUUCAGAAACAAAUGUUGAUGGAAUCUUGA